AUGUUUCGUUGUGUUGUUUGUCCAUUACAAGCGCCAACAUAUGAAACUGUGGAAGAAUUAGAAAUACAUAUUGCAUCUGAUCAUAUCAUUCAUAUACCAUAUGAAUGUGAACGAUGUCGUUUUUCAAAAUUUCCCACCGAAUUUGCUUUAAUUAGUCAUUAUACGACGGAUCAUGGAUUAAAAGAAUUUUAUGUGAAAUAUAAAGUUACACCAGAUUUCCAUCGUAAACGUGAGAAAAUUAGAGAAAUGUUACAUCAUUCUGUUACUGUAUCAAAAAUUCCGUUUGGAACUUAUAAACGAAGAAAAAUAGCGGACUAUUCAUCAUUGCUUAGUUCCGGAGAACUGUGUCCUGUUCCGGUGGAUUCCGAUGAAUUGACACGUAUGACUGAAACCGAAAAAGAAGCAAAAAUCGAAAGUGCUAAAGGCAGUGAAGUUGAGCCAGAAGAUAGCACUUUGGAAAAAGAAUCAGAUUCACAAUCAGCUACAUUCCAUUGUUCGGUGUUGCAACAAGACUCAGAUCAAGUAAAUAUCGUGAAUAUUUUGGGUGAUUUAUAUCGAAAUGAUGUUGGUAACAGUGUAACAACAGGUUGUGAGCCAACCGAUGUUGUUGAUCCAUCAAAUAGCUUAACAGCUAAUAAUGAUUUAUUAACGCAGCAAGGAAAGAAACGAACAAGACCACCUCGAAUUUGUAAUAUUUGUGGUCUUCAAGUUACUGGUCAACGUUCAUCACUUAUCUAUCAUGCUAACUCCAAACACGUGCGUCUACCGAUGUUCUUUUGUCGUGAAUGUAAAAAAACGUGGACAACAAUCACUAAAUCGGAUGUAAUUAAACAUGUUAAAGCAUGUCAUGAUGGUGAUGAAAGUCUUAUAGAGGAUCAUCGUAUGCAAUAUGCUAGUGAUUUGCAUCAUAUUACAGACAAAUGUUUUCCACGUAGAAGUCGAGGUAAUUACGCAGACGAUGAAAUCGAAAGUUUGAUCAAUCCAGAAUUAUGGGUUAAAAAUGAGGAAGGGGGUAAUUUUGUUAGCAUUUGA